AUGUCGCUCGUCAACAUUGCCAACAUUAACGUGCUCAACAAUCCUGCUCCCUUCAAUAGUCCUUUGGAGUUUGAAAUCACAUUCGAAUGCAACGCUGAACUUAAAGAUGAUCUAGAGUGGCGUAUGAUUUAUGUCGGGUCAGCUGAAAGUCAAGAAUACGACCAAGUACUGGAUUCUAUCAUGGUGGGCCCCAUUCCUGUGGGUGUGAACAAGUUCGUUUUUUCGGCCGGACCUCCUCAGAUAGAUUUGUUGCCCCAAAAUGACUUGCUCGAAGUCACCGUUGUGUUGCUUAGCUGCCUGUAUCACGGUAAAGAAUUUGUACGCGUGGGAUACUAUGUCAACAACGAGUAUACGGAUGAGAGUCUCGCACAGGAGCCACCACAGCAGGUUGUCAUUGAGAAAUUACAACGGAAUAUCCUGGCAGACAAACCCAAGGUUACCCGAUACACGAUAGAUUGGACAAACCCUUCGAAUGAUCCAUUGAUGGAAGCUGCCGCCAAGCAGACUGACCAGGAUAUGAUGGUGCAAUAA